GACCUUUGACUCUCUCAUUGGUCAAACCUGACUGUAUUUAUAUGCGUUAUUGUGUGAUAAAGUUUCGACCUUUGACUUGACAAGUUGGCUUUAAGGAGAGAGAUGCGUAGAUCAGCGAGUGGUUCUAGAGUUUCUGAUCAUUUUCCGGCGAAGUCACCGCCUCGAUCUCAGAGUGUUACUGCUAUGGAAGAUGAUGUGGAGCUGCUUUUGCCUAGGUACGAUCCGAAUUCUCAAGCGGGGAAGAGAGAGAAAUCAAGAUUCAGAUUUGCAGAAAACGUCAUCCAUUUGAUUCCUCUCAUCCUUCUUCUCUGUGUCGUAAUCCUCUGGCUCUUCUCUCAUUCAGCAGCGUUAAGGAGUUGAGUUCAAGAAGCUAAACAUGUUGUCUUGUCUCCAUGUGAACUCUUAUUCAGUUUUGGGAAAGGAAACAACUUUUUACUCCCGGUGAUUUUGUGCCGCAUACCAUACGUAACUCUUGCAAUUUGUUUGUUCUUUACACAACACAUAACGCUGCAAUUUUUUUUUUUUUUUUAUAACGCUGCAAUUUGUUUGUUCUUAGUAUUGAAAAAGUAAAGAUCUAUAUGUAACUCUCGUUUUCAUGAAAUGUAUGCUUAAUAUUUCACUAUACAUUUUUGAUUAAGCA